AUGCCACAGAAAUUCGUUGCAGCACUGCGAAAUUAUAGCGUACAAGCCGGGGAAAGCUCCAGAAGCAGACGGAAAAUCUAUUACACAGCAUUAAUGAUACGAGUCAAGCGAAUCACGGAUCGAUCGCCUCAGCUCGACCUGUGCUCAGCAUCUGUGACAACUACAUCCAUCUCGCAACGAGCCCCCAGAUCUAUUGCGAUUUUACGCAUUGGACACAGGAGCCUUCGGAAUCCUCAAAGAGCUAUAAAUCAGCGCCCAAAGGAUUCUGGAUUUCUCAAACGGAUUUACCACGAUCAGUACAAAUGGUCUCUUAUCAAAUGCGUGGCGCUCUUCGCUAUUGGAACGUUUGGAUUUUUUGUUAUUAACGAGGCUGUAAACGCUCCAUCUGGAGAAGCAUAG